CAUGCUUGGCGUUUUUUAUUUUUCGUUUAAUUUUUUUUAUUUUAUGAAUUAACGGAAAGUUUGGGUGUUACUUCUUGUUAACAAAGAGUAUGACCAGAAGACACUGAUCGAUUGAAGUAAUCGACGAAUCUGAUCUUCAAAUCAGUUUACUAUCAUUAUCUUAAACUUUAUUUUCAUACAAGCUUCAUUUAUCCCUUGCACUAUCGACCUUUAGCUUUGAACGAAAAGUAUAUGAUACUAUCAUGCCACUCAAAAUGUGUCGGUAAUUAUGCAGUUAUCAGCAAUCACCAAAUCCAAGUGAACCGAUUUACAAGGAACUGCCGAAGAAAUCUGUUUUGUUAUUGGAAACGGCAAACACUUGCACACACACACAGACAGAAGCUAUUUAUUGUGGAGAUUGUCACCAAGAGCAAAUUCUUGUCUCUCAUCCAAACGACCGGUUCGGUGUAAUUUGUGUAUUCGCUGUGAAUACACAUGAAUGAUAAAUCCUUCGAUAUCAUAACUUGUCUCUCGUUGUCUAAAACUUAUUUUUCUAAAAAAAUUGGCACCAAUGAUUGUCAGUCGUUAGUGCAUAGUUAUAAAUAAUAAUGACGAUAUACCUGUCGUAGUAUGGAAAUGACUUCUGACACCGGAUUAUUAAACCUAAAUGAGCUUUACCGGUGAUCAUAUUUCCAAAAAUUACUGCACUAUACUUAUUGCUCGAUAAUGACUAGCAGCUAAUCAAUAUACGAGAUAAUUUGCUUUAACAGAAUCUAUAAUUCUGCAUGAAUAUAAACUAUCCAUGUGUUGUAACUUCAAUAAUAAUCAUUAAGAAAAGCCGAACGAAGAAGAAAAGAUACAAUCUUCCAAUCUUUCAGUGAACAUUCCAUUUGUUUUCCGGUAUAUUUUCCGGGAAACAAAAAUAUCAGACAAGACCAAAACAUUAUCAAAACUUUUAAACAUGUGCGACACAACUUACUGCUGGCACUUUACUAUUCAUACAUAGUAGUUAAGAGUGUGCGUGUGUGUACAUAUAAAUACACACACACAUUUACAGACAAUACGCUGUGUAACCAACCUAAUUUCUCUCUUGCUGUCUCAUUCCCUCCCUCUCAUUUUCUCAGUCUCUCACUCCUUCUCUCUUAUCCACCCUCUCUUCUGACUCUCGACGUGUCUUUCGUAUUCCACCACCACCACAAGCGCUAAACCAUCGCCGACAGCGGAAGUAUAUUCCGUGUGUUAACCAGCUUGACUUAAAAUUUCUUUGGAGGUCCUGUUUAUUUCAUAUUUUACUUACUCUUACCUAAACUACCUGGCUAGCUCGUAUUUAUCUUGCUCAUUAUGAACGGUUGCAAUGCCCAUGUCGCCAUGGGCUGUAAUCGAGUGGCCGAAGAGAAAGUGGAUAUUUUCUCACCCCGGACGCCUAUAAAUACAGAACCUCUCACCUCCAAAUAUUCUAUCCAAGGAGAACUCGGAAGAGGCAAAUUUGCAGUUGUGAAAAGGUGUGUCAACCUACAGACAAAUGAAGAAGUUGCUGCCAAGUUUAUUCGCAAGAGGCGUCGAGGGAAAAACUGCCGGGAUCAGAUAUUACGGGAGAUUGUAAUGUUAGAGUUGUCUCGACCCCAUCAUCGAGUUGUGGACCUCAUAGAAGUGUUUGAAAGUCCAACAGAGAUGAUACUCAUCACUGAAUAUUGUUCGGGUGGAGAAUUAUUCCAUGAAUGUGUUAUAGAAGAAUCUUUCAAAGAAAGUGAUGUGGUGCGAUUAUUAGGUGAAAUUCUUGAAGGUGUCUUAUUCCUACACCGUAAAAAUAUUCUGCACCUUGAUCUCAAGCCUCAGAAUAUUUUGUUGACAAAGCCAUUCCCUGAAGGCAAUAUCAAAAUCUGUGAUUUGGGCUUAGCUUGUCUUGUCAAUGAUGGUGAAGACAUUCGAGAAAUUGUUGGAACACCUGAUUAUGUUGCUCCAGAAGUAUUAAGUUACGAACCACUUGGAUUAUCUACAGAUAUGUGGAGUCUUGGAGUGCUAACUUAUGUUAUGUUAUCUGCUUGUUCCCCCUUUGAUGGGGAAAGCAAACAGGAAACAUACUUGAAUAUAUCUCAGGUAAACCUUGAUUUUCCUGACUAUUUGUUUGAAUCAAUCAGUUAUGGUGCCAUUGAUUUUAUGAAGAAUUUGCUCAUCAAAGAUCCAAGAUGCCGGAUGGAUGCUGCACAGUGUUUGACUCAUGCUUGGAUAAAAGGAGAACACGUACCACAUCCAAUAGAAUCUAACCAAGAAGAGGAGGAGGAAGAAGAGGAGGAGGAGGAAGAAGGUGAAGAGAAGGAAGUUGAAGAGACUGAUACUAAAAAUAAUGAGGAUAAACAGAAAGAGGUGAACUCUGUUCUACAGAGUCAACCUUCAGUGGAAUGUGAACCUAGCUGUGAUGUGCCUAAACCAGAACAGAAGACAGAAGACAAACAUGAAAAAGAAUGUUUGAUAGAUAAAAGAGAUGUUGGGGAGAACAGUAAAGCCGAACAUCCUUUACUUAGUGAAACAGCAGAAGGGGGUGCGCUUAAAAAACAUGAGAAAAAACUAGAAGCAAAAGAUGCAAGCUUUAUCAAUAAUGAAAACUCCCCAUCUAAUCCUCUCAAUGGAGAUUUCAGUGAAGAAGAUUCUGGUUGUGUGGACUCUGUUAAUAAUGGUUUAACCUGCAUUAAUGAUUUGGACUGACUUUCUGUCAGACAUCUUGUCUACUUUCACUGCCACUUCCUGUUUUCAUUUCCCAAACCCACACUACCUUCCCUGUUUCAAGACCUGUAGGCUUCCUGGAGUUAUGGUCUUGUAGGAGAGAUUCUAAUGACAUUAUAACACUUUGUAUGAUAGGCCUCAGUAACAUGUCUAAAAAGGAAAAAGAUAAUUUUGAGCAUGAAGAAGGGAUCUGAUAAUAUUUCCAUAUCAUACUCCAUCUUAGAUUCCACUGACCAAAGCAACUGAUUUGUGCAUCUUCCACUUCUUUUAAUACAGAUAUAGACAGUACCUUGUCUUUUGUGGAAAUGGCUGGUAGGUUGGCAAAUGGAGGAUUGUUAUGAAAUAAAUCUCCAAAGAAAAAAAUAUUGUAAAAAAAAAUUAUA